CAGCUGCUGAAAGCUCUAAACUGUGAAGCUUUUUUCUCUUUCCACGUGAUUGAUAAGGACACAGGUGUUUGAGGAAGUGGCAAGUUGAUAGACUAUAAAACCGGAACAAGAUGGGUGCGCCACCUGCCAAGAAGGCGCUGGUCAACAGAAACCUUAUAUCGCUCAAGCUUGUCCUAUUUCUGUUCUACGCGGCCCUAGGAUGUCUUCACCCCUAUCUGACGAAGCACAUGGCCCUAACCGGUCUGAACUACAAGGAGUCGCAAAUCAUCUCCGUGGUAGCGCCGCUGAUCGCCAUCCUUGGCCCGCUGAUCUUCGCUCCGCUGGCGGAUCGUCUCGCCGGAACCAACGGAUCCUCGUACGGCAAGCGGCUGCGCUUCCUGGCCUCGUUCUGCAUGAUCGUUUCCGCCAUCCUGUACUCGAUCUUGUUCUUCGUUGUGCCACCGGUUGAGCGGCAUGAGUCCAGCCGCUCGCAGGUCAGCUUCGCGUGUGACCUGGACGGUGCGAUCAUCUUCCAGCAGCGGUGUUCCGAGGAGCGUACUUGCUACCAGUGGAAACGGGAGAAGAUUGGUCACCUAACGCUCACGAACUGCUCGUACACCUGUCAGAAGCCGAUCGAGUUCCAGAACCUGAACCACCCCUACACCAAGGGCGUAACCGUGGGUCCCUCGACGGAGAGUUCCCUCGAGGAUGACGACUACAUCUUCAACGAAGACGACGUAGACGUUGCGCCCGAAAACCUGGCCCUGCCCCAACCCCAAGUCGACAACACCCCCAUCCCGGUCCCGCACAUCUGCGAGCGCAAGGGCGGACCCGAAAGCGAGAUCUGCCACGCGUACACCAAGGCCACCGAAUCGCUCAAGUUCGAAACGAUCCUGCGCAGCGCCGUCAACGAGGAGAACGAAACGCACAGCGCCGAGUGGUGCCGCUACCCGCUGGACGGCUUCUCCUGCAACAUCCCCGAGAAGCAGGUCGUCUGGAUGAAGCUGCUGAUCAACUCGUCCAACUGUACGCCCAAGAUCGAGUGCGAGGUGCACGACCCGUACGGCAGCGACGAGAGCGUGCUGGCGGAGAGUGUUUGCAUGAGGAUCGUCGGAGACCCUGAGCUGACCUUCUGGUCCUACCUUUUGGUGCGAUCAUUUGCGGACGCAUUCCCACUUGCUGCGAUCGUACUGCUAAACGCGGCCACGAUCAUCGCGACGCGUGAAACCUCAACAGGUCGUGGAGACUUUGGUCGGCAAAUCGUUUGGGGUGCGAUCGGAUGGGCGUUGUUCUACUUUGUGCUGUCCUGGGUGUUUGAGACGUACUACGUGUACAUCGUGCUGGUUGUCCUAGCCGCGAUCGUGCUGCUCGUGUCGUCAGGAAUGCCGUUGACCCCGCCGGAGAUGUGGUGGCACACCAAGUGCGGCAUGGUAGCUAUUCCCAUGUCCGCCAUCCGACGAUACGUCCCGGAGGCGGCUGGUCUCUGUUUGGUAACGCUGAUCUUAGGUACCUUCUGGAGUGUCCUCGAUAACUACGAAGGAGUGCUGGUCAAGAACUUCGAAGUACACCCCAUUAGCGAAGAAUACUACGGAACGACCUGGAGUGUGUUCGUCAUCUUGGGUGCCCUGCUCGUGAUCCCGACCCUCUGGUACGCCGAGCCCAUUGUCGACUACUGCGGCCACUCGAACGUCCUGAUCGCCGCCAUCACCACGUUCAUCUUCCGCUUCGCUCUGCUCGCCAGCCUGGACGUGACCUGGUGGCGCGUCGUGAUCGACUUCCUCUACCCGGUAUCCCUCGGACUAACCUGGCUGACGAUCGUGUUCUACAUGCGCCACAUCAUCCCGCGCCGCAUCAUCACAACCGGACAGGCCCUGCCCGUGAUCUUCCACUUCUGUCUGGGCCGAUUCCUGGGCGCCCUGAUUGGAACGUGGACCCAGCUGGACUGCCUGAUCACCACCUUCCAGGCGCUAGCGAUCACGGCUUGCGCCGUCGCCGUCAUCUAUUUCCUCCUGUACCACCUGGUUCUCGCUCCCCGUUGCGCCAACCGACUCAACACCGCGCCAUCCGGGUCUACGCUGCACAUUACCGCGCCGGACUCGAACGGCCACCAAACGCAGCAGCAGCAACCCCUGCAUCCCUCGAACGGCAGCUACCAACCGCUCCGAAUCUACCACAACUACCGCGGCCGAAAGGGACACUUUAGAUAUUAGGGUGGUUCGUAGUAGCGAUUAGUACAUGCAUAAGAUGAGGCAUCUAGUCUCCGUCGGUUAGAGCAGCAAACUCGAUCGCUCGUGAGUAUCGUUGUAGCGCAGACAAGUGGACGUGAAUCUUUUGAAGAGGUGACAUCUUGCGGGAGAAAAAGUAACCUUUUGGCACAUUUGUUUGAAGGCUGGUUUGGCAAGAGUUUCAAUCUACAAAGUAACCACAAGCACUAAAUCAGUGAGAAAAUUUUGCUCUGAAGGGUUAAAGGUUACUUGAUUCAAACAGUGCACGGAAA